AUGCCUGAGGAGACCCAGACCCAAGACCAGCCCAUGGAGGAGGAGGAGGUCGAGACGUUUGCCUUCCAGGCAGAAAUUGCCCAGUUGAUGUCAUUGAUCAUCAACACUUUCUACUCCAACAAAGAGAUCUUCCUGAGGGAGCUUAUUUCGAAUUCAUCUGAUGCGCUGGACAAAAUCAGAUAUGAAAGCUUGACAGAUCCCAGUAAACUAGAUUCUGGGAAGGAGCUGCACAUUAAUCUCAUUCCAAACAAACAAGAUCGAACCCUCACUAUAGUGGAUACUGGGAUUGGAAUGACCAAGGCCGACUUGAUUAAUAAUCUUUGCACUAUCGCCAAGUCGGGGACCAAAGCUUUCAUGGAAGCUUUGCAGGCUGAUAUCUCUAUGAUUGGCCAGUUUGGUGUUGGUUUCUAUUCUGCCUAUCUGGUUGCUGAGAAAGUGACUGUGAUCACCAAACAUAAUGAUGAUGAGCAGUACGCCUGGGAGUCCUCUGCAGGGGGCUCCUUCACAGUUAGGACUGACACAGGUGAACCCAUGGGUCGUGGGACAAAGGUUAUCCUGCAUCUGAAAGAAGACCAGACUGAGUACUUAGAGGAAAGAAGAAUAAAGGAGAUUGUGAAGAAACAUUCUCAGUUUAUUGGCUAUCCCAUUACUCUUUUUGUGGAGAAGGAGCGUGAUAAAGAAGUCAGUGAUGAUGAAGCUGAAGAAAAGGAAGAAAAAGAGGAGGAGAAAGAAAAAGAAGAAAAGGAAUCUGAUGACAAACCUGAAAUAGAAGAUGUUGGUUCUGAUGAAGAAGAAGAAGAAAAGAAAGAUGGUGACAAGAAGAAGAAGAAGAAGAUUAAAGAAAAGUACAUUGAUCAAGAAGAACUCAACAAAACCAAACCUAUUUGGACCAGGAAUCCUGAUGAUAUUACCAAUGAAGAGUAUGGAGAAUUCUACAAGAGCUUGACCAAUGAUUGGGAAGAUCACUUGGCAGUGAAGCACUUUUCAGUUGAAGGACAGCUGGAAUUCAGAGCUCUUCUUUUCGUUCCAAGACGUGCUCCUUUUGACUUGUUUGAAAACAGGAAGAAAAAGAACAACAUUAAGUUGUAUGUACGCAGAGUAUUCAUCAUGGACAAUUGUGAAGAGCUGAUCCCUGAAUAUCUGAAUUUCCUUAGAGGAGUAGUGGACUCUGAGGAUCUCCCUCUAAAUAUUUCCCGUGAGAUGUUGCAGCAAAGUAAAAUUCUGAAAGUUAUCAGAAAGAAUUUGGUCAAAAAAUGCUUAGAACUUUUCACUGAACUGGCAGAAGAUAAAGAGAACUACAAAAAGUUCUAUGAGCAGUUCUCUAAAAAUAUAAAGCUUGGAAUUCAUGAAGACUCUCAAAAUCGUAAGAAACUUUCAGAGUUGUUAAGGUAUUACACAUCUGCUUCUGGUGAUGAGAUGGUAUCCCUGAAGGAUUAUUGCACCAGAAUGAAGGAAAACCAGAAGCAUAUCUAUUAUAUCACAGGUGAGACCAAGGACCAGGUAGCUAAUUCGGCCUUCGUAGAACGUCUUCGGAAGCACGGCUUAGAAGUGAUCUAUAUGAUUGAGCCUAUCGAUGAGUACUGUGUCCAACAGCUGAAGGAAUUUGAGGGGAAGACUUUAGUGUCAGUCACCAAAGAGGGUCUAGAACUUCCAGAAGAUGAAGAAGAGAAAAAGAAACAGGAAGAGAAAAAAACAAAGUUUGAAAAUCUUUGCAAAAUCAUGAAAGAUAUCUUGGAGAAAAAAGUGGAGAAGGUAGUUGUCUCAAACCGGUUGGUAACGUCCCCAUGCUGCAUCGUCACAAGCACAUACGGCUGGACAGCAAACAUGGAGAGAAUCAUGAAAGCACAAGCCUUAAGAGACAACUCCACAAUGGGUUACAUGGCUGCCAAGAAGCACCUGGAGAUCAAUCCUGAUCAUUCCAUCAUUGAGACCUUAAGGCAAAAGGCAGAGGCUGACAAGAAUGACAAGUCUGUGAAGGAUUUGGUCAUCUUGCUUUAUGAAACCGCACUCCUGUCUUCUGGGUUUAGUCUGGAAGAUCCCCAGACACAUGCUAACAGAAUCUACAGGAUGAUCAAACUUGGUCUGGGUAUUGAUGAAGAUGACCCUACUGCUGAUGAUACCAGUGCUGCUGUGACUGAAGAAAUGCCACCCCUUGAAGGAGAUGAUGACACGUCACGCAUGGAAGAAGUCGAUUAAGCUCUGCCUGAAGAGUGACUUACAUAUGUGUUCAAUACUUAAUCUUCAUUCCCUCUGAUAAUAUAUAUAUUUUCAAGAAUUGUUUUUCUUUAUUUUUGGUUAAUACUUUAAACAUCUGUAAGGCAUGACAGUAACUACAUAAGGGGAAGCUAAGAUUUCUUUUUACUUGUAAGUGUGAUACUGUGAUACUUUAGGCACUAAAGCAGAGCUAGUAAUGUUUUUCUAGUUUCACAUCAGCCUGUUUUAACAGAUCAAGGUAAUGUUUGUUGUAAGAUGUAUGUAGCCUAAUGUUAACUUUGUGGUCUAAAGAAGUGUUUAGCUGUCCAAGCCAGAUUUCUUAGUAGACCAAAUCUUUUGUUGUUGAAGUGUUCUGAGAUACCUUGAUGUUUGAAAGAAUUAUUUGUUAAAAUGCUUUUCAGUUUCA